AUGGCCGACAGUUACGCAGAAAACAUGAGUCGCCAUGAAAGCGAGACGCAGAGGCAUGUAUAUGGUAGACUUAAUGACCAGUUUGACAUAGUGACUGAGAAUAUUGGCUAUCUUCUUCACCCCUCUGUUGUCACUACUCUCCCAGCAAACCCGUGUAUUGCAGAUAUAGCGACAGGAACGGGUAGAUUCCUAUUUCGCGCACGGGAACUAUACCCUAACGCCACACUCGAAGGCUUCGAUAUAUCCCCGGCCCUCUUUCCCCUAAAGAAUGAACUACCGCCAAAUCUAGCGUUAGCUGUGUUAAACAUCAAGCAACCAGCCCCAGAGGAGUUACAUGGAAAGUUUGACGUAGUUCAUGUGCGCAUGCUUGUAGCGGGCAUGUCACAGAACGACUGGGCUCCUGCAGUCGAAAACAUUACACGGAUGCUGAAGCCGGGAGGGUUCUUGCAAUGGGAGGAAUGUGAUUUUAUAGGACUCAAGCACCUACGCGGAGGUGUUGAUUCGCAAGUUGAAACUCUUCGUUUUAUGGGACGGGCAUUUGUCAAUGCACUUCGGCACAGUUUCUCGUACGGGUGGAAUACACUCCCUGGACACAUGCAAGCAGCGGGUUUGAGUCCAGUUAUAAAAGACAUUAUUAGCUCAGACAGGGUGUCUGAGACAAGGACGAAAUCUACUAUAAAUGGAAUGCAGGCCCCGUUCAAAUGGGCACGUCUGAUGACCAAGCGAGGAGCUCCAAGUGCAAUGACGUUCCAGGAGAUUGAUCUCUUGGAGAAGAAAGCAUUGGAUGAGGUCAUGUCAGGAAGCUAUAUUAGAUAUGAUAUUUACGUGAUAUGUGGUCGAAAGCCACUAUAG